AUGCUGGCCGCUCCACCUGCUGCGAGCCGGCCCCGCCCGCCUCGCGCCGCCGCGGUGCCGGGCGAAGCCCGCGCCACGCGCCGCCCGCGCCUUGCUUCACGGAGGCUGGCCGUCUGCUGCACGGCUGCCGCGAGCACAAGCAGCGGUCCCGGCGGCGGGGCGCAAACCGGCGGCGAGCGGCCGCGGGAAGACUGGGGGACCAUCAGCAGCGCGGGCGGCAGCAGCAGCAGCAGCAGCACUCAGUCUUCCGACAGCGAGGAUGGCGCGCAGCCCUUCCAGGAGGGAUACUAUGAUUGGCGCUGGGGCAGCAGGAUCAAGUACUACCAGGCGGGUGACAGCGGGCCACCCUUGGUGCUGGUGCAUGGCGGCGAGGGCGGCAACGGGCGGCUGGCCUCUGCGGUAGCCGUGCUCUUCACAUUCGGCGACUGCGUCCCCGCCGUCGCAGCGGCCGCGCUCAGCGAGCGCUUCCGGGUCUACGCAUUUGAUCUCUUGGGGCAGGGCGGCAGCUGGCCGGGCAGCGCGGGGGAGGUGGAGCCGGACCCCGAUCUUGGACCCCUGGUGUACAGCGCGGAGACCUGGACGCGGCAGCUGCUCGAAUUCAUGCGCGACAUCGCGGGCGUCGCCCCCGGCGCCCCCGCCUAUGUGGCGGGCAACUCCCUGGGCGGCUUCCUGGCGGUCAACCUGGCGGGGCAGCACCCUGAGAUGGUCAAAGGGCUCGUGCUGCUCAACGCCAGUGAGUAG